CGCCGAUGCGCGUUUGGGACUUGGAGCCGAGAAUGUUAUUCGGUUACUAUUUACUUACACAUUUUUCAAUUGAUUCUAUGAAGUGGUACCUGGUUGUGUUUAAACCUUUUAGAUGACGCUGGCUGAAUGACGGUCGAUCCUCAAUAACCUUUCUGUGUAAUCCUUCGGUGCGGUGGGAAUCAUCAUGGCAGCGAUACCGGCGGCUGAGAAGAAGAAGCCGAGUGUGCUACGGUCAAUCAUUGCUGGUUCUACCGCUGGAGCAGUUGAAAUUGCCAUCACCUAUCCCGCCGAAUUCGCGAAGACACGAACACAACUCAACCGACAACUAGCCGAUGGCAAGAAACUACCGUGGCCGCCGUUUGGAGCCCAAUGGUACGCCGGCUGCACGACCCUGAUCAUAGGGAACUCCAUAAAGGCGGGCGUCCGAUUUGUUGCAUUCGACUACUACAAGGAGCUUCUGGCCGACCAGAAUGGCAAGACCUCAAGAAUAGGCAAUGUUGCAGCCGGUUUUGGUGCCGGUGUGACAGAGUCAAUGUUAGCUGUCACCCCCUUCGAGAGUAUAAAAACGCAACUCAUCGAUGAUCGCAAAUCGGGGAAACCCCGAAUGAGAGGCUUCUUACACGGAACCGGCGUCAUCGCAAGGGAAAAGGGAAUUCGUGGAUUCUUCCAAGGUUUCGUACCGACCACCGCUCGACAGGCAGCGAAUUCUGCGACCAGGUUUGGAAGCUAUACGACCCUCCGCCAGAUCGCGCAAGGUUACGUUGCUCCUGGCGAGAAGUUAGGGACAGUUAGCACCUUCGGGAUCGGUGCGGUGGCCGGUGUGAUCACGGUUUAUGUGACGAUGCCGUUGGAUACUAUCAAGACCCGAAUGCAAUCAAUUGAGGCACGAAAAGAAUAUAAGAACAGCUUCGUUUGCGCCGCGAGGAUAUUUAGGGAGGAGGGGAUGUUGACGUUCUGGUCCGGGGCAGUCCCACGGUUGGCAAGGUUGAUAUUGAGCGGCGGCAUUGUCUUCACGAUGUAUGAGAAAUCCAUGGAACUUAUGGACAAGGUGGAUCCGGAAAAGAAGUACAUAUAGAUUUGACCCGAGCCAUUGGAAAUGUAAAAACAUCGUUUGGCACACACUUUGAUUGUCCAUGAAAUAUGUUUGUAUAAUAAGGUAUUCCGGACACUCCAAGCCGCUACUUUAUUAUAUCAUAUAGGUCUCGGAAUGGAUGCUUUGAGUAACUCCAUAUCAUCCUCCGUUUCAAGUCCAUAGAGUAAGGGAUCCCAGCCAUAAUCCCCAUUAUUAGGUACUUUUCCUCGGAGUCAGAUUUUCAAACAUAGAGUAUUACUCGUCAGCCAUGCCUAAUAUACGUGGUGUCCCUGCCGGGGAGGAGGC